AAUCCGUUACUUGGCUACACUAAUCCGGGGCUAAAAACUCGAUGCUCCGUUUUGACGCGGCACACUAUAAAUGCGACUGGCGACGGGCUAACAUGGCUCCUGGUACUGAAAAAAGUGUGAAAAUUAGGAAUAGUGUGCGGUCGGAGUGUGUUUUAAUCGGAGUGUGUUGGAAACCGAAUGUUAAAUUAAAGCAUUGAACAACUACGCCCCCGAACGACAAUUGCCGCCGCGUUCUAAUAGAAUUCGCCACGCCGGAGACUGUCCGCCCCCCAUCAAGAGUGUGGGUGUCUUUUUUGUGAUAGUGUUUGCGUGGAAAAUCAAUGGUGUGUGCGUGCUGCAUCUGCGACGCUGCUGCGAAAAAUCCAGACCACCCCCUGCGCCCGCCACGCCCAGCCGCAGCGAUUGUACAGUUUUAGAGCAAACAAAUCAAUUAGAAAAUGCAGGGCGCCCGAGUCUAGCUGGGAAAGGGGCGAGCAACCAUUGCCAAAGAUUAGUUACUUAGAGUAGACCGGUCUCCUAGAUCGGGAAAUCACAAAGCGUGUCACAAACCAUCAUUGCAUAAUGACCUCUCGACUCGAUCGACUGUUCAUCCUCCUGGAGUCGGGAUCCACAGCAGCCACCCGCCAGGCGGCCGCCAAGCAGAUCGGGGAGGUACAGAAGCUGUAUCCCCACGAGCUGCACUCCCUGCUGAACCGGCUGGUGGGCUACCUGCACAGCACGUCCUGGGAGACGCGCAUCGCCGCCGCCCAGACCGUGGAGGCCAUCCUCAAGCAGGUGCCCCAGUGGCAGCCCGAGCUGCAGGCGCUGCCCAAGAAGGAGCCGGCCACCACGGCGGCAGCGGCACUGGAGGAGGACAGCUGCCAGUCCAGUGGCUCCAGCUCAACGACGGCCAGUGAGCGACUGCUGAGCUUCGAUGAGUUCGAUCUGCAGCAGAUCCUGCACAAGGGCGCCCGCCUGAUCGGCUCGGAAGGCAACGAGUUCGAUGUCCAGGAGGAACAGCCGGCGAGUGGCGGCGGAGCCGAGGAACAAAGUCUGGCCAGUCGGCUGAGUCGCCAACGGGCGGUUCUGAACGACAAGCUGGGCCUCACCACGGCCGCCAAGCUGGGCGUCAAUCUCACCGACAUGAUUACGGACGAGGACGUCGCCCUCUCCCGGGGCGGCACCAGCUACAACGUCAACGCCGAGAAGCUGCCCGUGGAGCACAUCCUGAACAUUAAGUCAUCCAACGGAGCUGGCGCCGGGCAGACCCAGCUCAGUUGCCGGGAGAUGAACCGGGCCAAGCGAAAGGCCCGACAGAACACCGCCUCCUCCGCGGCCGGCUCCGUGGUCACCCCCACCUGCAGCAGGCGCAACUCGAACAGCAACCACAGCACAGGGAGCAACCACAGCAACAAUGGCACCAGCACCACCCUAACAAGCUUGGACGAACCGGAGAAGAAGAAGCUGAAGGCCAGCGAGCGCCAAGAGAUCUUCUACAGCCUGAACUGUGCCGUUCCUGAUGCCACUGGGACCUGGGUGGACGCCGUCUCCUGGCCGCUCGAGAACUUCUGUGCGCGCCUCUUCAUCGAUCUCUUCCACGCCAAAUGGGAGGUCCGCCAUGGAGCGGCCACGGCGCUAAGGGAGCUCAUCAACCAGCAUGCCCAGGGCGCUGGAAAGUCGGUGCAACAGAGCCGCGAGCAGAUGGACGAAUCGCACAGCCGCUGGCUGGAGGAUGCUGCACUGCGUCUGCUCUGCGUUUUAUGCUUGGACCGGUUUGGGGACUUUGUCUCGGAUCAGGUGGUGGCACCAGUGCGCGAAACCUGCGCUCAGGUGCUCGGAACACUGGUCAAGGAGAUAGACGCCACUAAGGUGCAGCGGAUUGUGGACAUCCUGCUGCAGCUGAUCCAACACAAGAACGAGUGGGAGGUGCGCCAUGGUGGCCUUCUUGGCCUGAAGUACGUGUUCGUCGUGCGGGAGGAGCUGCUGCCCAUUUACCUUCCGCUGUCCAUAUCGAACAUCUUGGUGGGAUUGCUGGAUGCCGUGGACGAUGUCGGAGCAGUGGCCGCUUCCACUUUGAUUCCAGUGUCGUCCUGGCUGCCAAAGCUCUUGAAUCCCAGCCAGGUGUCCUCCAUCGUGAAGAUGCUGUGGGAUUUGCUGCUGGACCAGGACGAGCUCACCUCCGCCUGCAAUAGCUUCAUGGGCCUGCUGGCGGCCAUUCUCUGUCUGCCGAAGGCGGCCAGCUGGGUGGAGAUGGAGCCCAUGGCCACGCUGGUGCCCCGCCUCUUUCCCUUUCUGUCGCACAGCACCAGCUCGGUGCGGCGGUCCACAUUGAAGACCUUGCUGACGCUCACCAGCGCCGAUAAGGUGAAGGUGGAGCCGAAGGAGGAGGAGCCGAUCAAGGCCGCAGUGGAGCAGCCCAAGAUGAAGCUCAACUUCGGGGUCAGCGAGUGGAAGUGGCAGUUGCUGCAGCAGGCAUUGCGGCACAUCUACCAGCGCAUCCUGGUGGAGCCCCAGGCAGACAUUCAGUCGCUCGCCCGUCAGGUUUGGUCCAAUCUCAUCGAGCACGCCGAUCUGGGUGCCCUCUUGCACGCCGCCUGUCCGUAUGUGUCCUCGUGGAUCUGUCUGUCCAUGCAGCCGCCCCGACUGGCUUUCGAUCCGGGUGUCCUUAUACGGGCUGGCGGGGAUUCGAGCAGCACCUCGCGGAAGAAAACGGCGCGCAUUGGCGACGACUUGGGAGGCGCCACCUUGGCCCACACCAAUGCCACGCUGAAGCUGUACUUGGGCGGCAGUGAAGCGACGCCUGUGGAGGUGCGCGAGGCAAACUUCAUGCGAGCGAGGAUCGCCUCCUCUCGAGCUCUGGGAGCCCUCUCCCACUACCUCGUGCAGCCUGCUCCUGGAGUGGUGUACUCGCCGCAGACCGAGAGCCCGACUGAUUGCUAUACCAAAGUGCUGCUGGUUCACCUGAACGCGCACUCCGCUGUCCAAAGAAUAGUGUGCGGACUGAUAAUAGCCUUUUGGGCUCUGGAGGACGAGCCGGUGCGCCCGGGACCGCCCAAUCUGCAGGAGAAACUGCAUCAAUGCGUCAGCGAGUAUAUUUACUAUGACGAGGUCGCCGUCUCACUGACUCGUCUGCUGCAGGAGGCCCAGGACUUCAUCGCCACCCUGAAGCAGAACAAGAUUCCCAUCAACGACUUCAACAACGCCAAGAUACUGACUCUGGAUCAGAUCGAAGCGGUGGCCACUAAGCUAACCGAAAACCUGCGAAAUUAUCCUCUGAAGCCCAAGUCGUUGGACUUACUGGAAGAGCGGCGAAGGAGUCUACAGGCGUCCUACCAGCAGACGACCAGUGAGCAGGGAGCCUACCAUGUCAGCGCCCAAGCAGCCCUGGCCGGCGCCAUUUGCGCCCUUCACUGCCUGCCAGAGAAACUGAAUCCAGUGGUGAAGCCUCUGAUGGAGUCCAUCAAGCGGGAACAGUGCGUCCAGCUGCAACAGCUCUCAGCCGAGUUUCUGGUGCACUUGAUGGAUCAGGUCUGUGAUAGAAAUCCUAGUCCCAACAGCAAGAUCUUGAACAAUCUCUGCACGCUUCUGAGGAGCGACGGGGAGCACACGCCCAAGCUGGUCAUGCCACUGCAGACUCUUCAGCAGACCCCACCCUCGCCGUGCGUGACCAACAGCUGUGUCUAUUACGGAAUAUUGACAUUAGCCCUCCAGCAAGCUGUGACCACGACGACUACUACCAGAGGAGGAGGGGCUGGAGCGGUCACUCCGACUACCCCCGCAGUACCCCGUGGUCCCGGAAGACCGCCGGCCAAUGAGAUUCUGGCUGCUGCAUCCGCAGUAGCCGCACACAUAGACUUAAAGGCGCAGCAGGCGAAGGAGGCGGAAGCCAAGCAAUGCCGCACUCAGCGCCUGGGAGCAGCCAGUGCCAUAGAGAAGCUGUGCAGCACCUUUGGGGAGCACAUCGUGGAAAAGGUGUCGGUUUUCCAGCAGCUGAUGUUCGGAAAAGUGACUCAGUUUGUUAAGGAAACGGACGAGCAGCAGCUGGCCAACACCUUACCGGAAUUGGGAGUCUGCACAGAGCUAAUCAGUUCCCUGCAGUUGAUAGAGACAGCAGCUCCACAUCUCCAUGUGGCACUACAUCCGCAAAUGUUUGCCCUGCUGCCCCCUCUGGGUGUUAUUGUGCGACAUCCUUUAAAAUCCGUGCGUCACAUGGCCGCCAGGUGCAUCGCUGUGUUGGCGGAGAUCGACGCCUGUCAGACGAUGCAGUUUGUGGUCCAGCAGUUGCUACCACAGCUGGGAAAGGUCGAGCAGCUCAUCGAGCGCCAGGGUGCUAUGGAAGCCAUCGAACGGGUAGUGAGCCGCCUGCAGAUCAAGGUUGUUCCGUAUAUCGUACUACUGGUGGUGCCGUUGCUGGGAGCCAUGAGCGAUCCGGAUGAAUCUGUUCGCCUGCUCUCCACUCAUUGCUUCGCCAAUCUUGUCCAGCUGAUGCCGCUGGACGGCAAAGCGGAGCAGCUUAAAAGCGAGCCACUUCAGGCCCAGAAAACGCGAGAUCGCGAAUUCCUGGACUAUCUGUUUCACCCGAAGAGCAUACCGGACUACCGGGUGCCGGUGAGGAUCAGUGUGGAGCUGCGCAGCUACCAGCAGGCGGGCAUCAACUGGUUGUGGUUCCUCAACAAGUACAAUCUGCAUGGAAUCCUCUGCGACGACAUGGGCUUGGGAAAGACAUUGCAGACCAUCUGCAUACUGGCCGGUGACCAUCUGCAGCGAACAAAAUCCAAGCAGGCUGACUUGCCCAGCUUGGUCAUCUGCCCACCGACCCUCACAGGCCAUUGGGUGUACGAGGUGGACAAGUUCCUGGCGGAGGGCUCAGUACUGCGUCCGCUGCACUACUACGGCUUUCCGGUGGGUCGCGAAAAGCUGCGCAGCGAGAUCGGAACCAACUGCAACCUAGUGGUUGCCUCCUACGACACCGUUCGCAAGGACAUUGACUUCUUCAAUGGCAUCCACUUCAACUACGUCGUCCUGGACGAAGGCCACAUCAUAAAGAACGGAAAGACGAAGAGCUCGAAAGCCAUCAAGCGCUUGAAGGCCAACCAUAGACUCAUCCUCUCCGGUACACCCAUCCAGAACAAUGUGCUGGAGCUGUGGUCGCUGUUCGACUUCCUGAUGCCGGGCUUCCUCGGAACUGAGAAGCAGUUCGUUCAGCGCUUCUCACGGCCAAUCUUAGCUUCGCGCGACGCCAAGAGCUCUGCCAAGGAGCAGGAGGCCGGCGUUUUGGCCAUGGAAGCAUUGCACCGGCAGGUGUUGCCGUUCCUCUUGCGGCGAGUCAAGGAGGACGUGCUUAAGGAUCUGCCGCCCAAGAUCACGCAGGACCUGCUCUGCGAACUCAGUCCGCUGCAGCUGCGACUCUAUGAAGACUUUAGCAAUAAGCACUUGAAAGACUGUCUAGACAAGUUGAGCGACUCACCAGCGUCGGCCAUGGUGGCGGAAAAUCUGGGUGCCAAAACGCACAUUUUCCAGGCCCUCCGCUACCUACAGAACGUUUGCAAUCAUCCCAAGCUUGUGCUGCGCCAGUCGGAAGACCUAGCCCAGGUCUCUGCCCAGUUGGCGCAAUCGAACAGCUCCUUGGACGACAUCGAGCACUCAGCAAAGCUGCCGGCCUUGAAGCAACUUCUACUAGACUGUGGCAUUGGUGUGCAAACCGAGUCGGUUAGCCAGCAUCGCGCCCUAAUCUUCUGUCAGCUGAAGGCGAUGUUGGACAUCGUGGAGCACGAUUUGCUGCGAAGACACCUGCCCAGUGUCACCUAUCUGAGGUUGGACGGCAGUGUGCCCGCCUCCCAGCGGCAGGACAUUGUGAACAAUUUCAACAGCGAUCCCAGUAUUGAUGUGCUUCUCCUAACCACGCUGGUUGGAGGCUUGGGUCUUAAUUUGACAGGAGCCGAUACGGUGAUCUUUGUGGAGCACGACUGGAACCCCAUGAAGGAUCUGCAGGCUAUGGAUCGAGCUCAUCGCAUUGGCCAAAAGAAGGUGGUCAACGUAUAUCGGUUAAUCACACGCAACUCGCUGGAAGAGAAGAUCAUGGGUCUGCAAAAGUUCAAGAUUCUCACUGCCAAUACGGUGGUCAGUGCGGAAAAUGCAUCGCUACAGACCAUGGGGACUUCGCAGAUCUUCGAUCUCUUCAACGGAGGCAACGGCAACGGCCAGGGCACAUCUACGGCCGGUUCUACUGCUGCUGGAGGACCCAUGUCCAUGAACACAAUCAUUGAGAACUUGCCGGAUUUGUGGUCCGAGCACCAGUACGAGGAGGAAUACGAUCUGGGAAACUUUGUGCAGGCACUGAAAAAAUAGACAACCGCUUCCCACUCUAAGACUUCCAGCAAAAAGUUCUGACUUAGACUAGGCUAAGGAGUAAUAGGCAUUCGAAAGGAUUUUUUUUUAUUCCAUUUCGUAAUGUUUUCUUCUGUUCCUUUAUAAUUGCAAACAGGAAAUAUGUAGUAAUUAAUAAUAAAAACAUUUGAAAUUAAAAAUUCAUUUCAACAUAUUUUUAAAUAUUUUCGGAAGCAUACAAAAUCCAACAUAAAAAUCGAUGAGAAAACAUUUCAAACUUGGCUGUAACGUUCAGAUUAAUGGCUUUUUUUCAAAUACUUCACGUACUAGAGAUGGAAUACGUUACGUGUUACGUUCCUUAAUCAUAGCGGAAUGAAUAUCGAUAGUCAGUAAUUUUGAAUUACGCGCCACUUGGGUGCGCUUUCGUUCAGUAACGUAUUUGUGAUGUUUUUGUAAUUGGCCACAAUGAUUGGGGUCCAAAGCAUUGUUUAAACUAUUGUUUUGAGAAAAUUUUGCUUAAUAUUAAGAGUUUGUUUCUUACCAUAUACAUAUACACUAUUUGAUAAUAACGUACUUGUUACCUCUAUUCAAUUUCGAGUUAUGAGUCAAAAUUAAAAUGUAACGGUCUUUUUUCAUGUUUUA